GCUCAAAUCUUAGACACAAAGAGACUGGCUACUUUAACUGUCUAUAGGUCUGGGAUCACAUGUAAAACCUGCAUGGAGAGCAUUUUAUAAAACCCCAUUCACAAAAAAGAGAGAAGCUCUGUUCCACUGUUUCCUGGACCGAAGCUCAUUCUAGUCUGUGUGUGGAUCAUUGCAGAGGCUGCUCCAUUUAUUUGGACAGUGUUUUUAUCGACAGACGGUCAUUCUGGGUCUCAUGUCACAGAUACUAAAAAUCACCAUGAAGCUGCUAACUGUGUCUGCACUUCUCUGUGCAAUGGUGGCUCUAACCACGGCUGCUGAGGCCAGAGAUGAAGUAGAGGGAUUGAUGCCCCCAGCCAAGAGUCACGUGGUCAAGAGGUCCCCUCGUUCCCCUUGUUGUCCUGGUGGUUGGACUAAAUACGGUCAUCGCUGCUUUUUCUUUAAUUCAACAGUCGCGAGUUGGGCUGAUGCUGAGAAAUCCUGCAAGUCCAUGAGGGCACAUCUUGCAUCAGUUCGCAACAUCAAAGAGUACCGUGAGAUUCAGAGGCUGACUGGCAAAAAAGAAAGUUGGAUUGGAGGAACUGAUGCAUCAAAGGAGGGUAAGUGGUUGUGGAGUGAUGAGACCUGUUUUACCUAUAAAAAGUGGUGCUUUAGAGAGCCCAAUAAUGAUCGCAAUCAGGACUGCCUUCAGAUAAAUCGUGGAGUUUUCAAGUGCUGGGAUGAUAUGUGGUGUGAUGCUCAUCUGCCAUCUGUCUGCGCCAAGAACAUCUCAUCAUUCUUGGACUGACGCUGGAGCAUGAAAUUCCCAUAAAACACACACUGAUGUAUGAUGGUGUUUGUGUUUUACUCGCUCUUAC